ACUCCGUAGAUGGGAGGCAGAGAUACGAUCCAUAAUUCUUGGGGGAGAACAAUGGGUCUCACGCGGGGCCCCCGAUGGAGGCCGAGUGCGAGUGCGAGUGCGCCGUGGUCACCCUCUUAACUGUGAUUCCCCCCCUUUUCCCUCUUCUCACGCCAACUUCAUUAUAUCUUUCUUGUAAAUAUGGGUUUGCUCAACUACACUGGAUUCCUGGGGAAUUCGGUGACGGGCGGGGCCCUUGAGGCUCUCGUCUGUGCGGCUUCUGCCAGUGGCUUCUUGCUGUUCGGAUAUGAUCAGGGUAUCAUGUCGGGAAUCAUCACGGAAGACAACUUCCUCACCUACUUUCCGGGGAUGGAACCUGAUAACAAAAGUGGCGCGGUUCAGGCUCUUGUCGUCGCUAUAUACGAAGUUGGAUGUCUUAUGGGAUCGAUCUUUAUUAUCGCGUAUGGUGACACACUCGGUCGAAGACGUGCGGUCCUCUUGGGCGUUAUAAUCAUGUUGGUUGGAACGGCAAUUCAAGCGUCGAGCUUCGAAAUAGCCCAGAUGAUUGUUGGACGCAUCGUGACGGGUGUAGGUAACGGCAUGAACACUUCUUCGAUUCCGGUCUGGCAGAGUGAGAUGGCCCCACCCAAGAUUCGUGGGUUCUUGGUGCUGUUCGAAGGGGCUUUGAUUGCCGCUGGCAUUAUGAUAUCGUACUGGUUGAACUACGGAUUCUUCUUCGUUACUCAAUACGGAUCAUUCCAAUGGCGCUUCCCAAUCGCAUUCCAAGCAGUCUUCGGUUUCAUCCUUUUCGUUGGAGUCUUGGCUCUUCCAGAGUCCCCACGUUGGUUACUGAAACAUGAUAAAGACGACGUGGCCAUUGAGAUUCUAUGUCGGUUGAAGAGAGCCGGUCCCGAUGACCCGGAAAUUCACGACGAAGUCGCGUCCAUCAAACAGAUCGCGGAAAUCACCCGAGGCAAGAAGCUCACGCUGAAGGAGUUCUAUGGAAAUGGGCCCGAGAUGAACAGAUGGCGAGUAAGCAUAGCUUAUACCUCUCAAUUCUUCCAACAAGCUGGCGGGACCAAUUUAGUCACCUACUAUGCUACAACUGUUUUCGAAAGUUCGCUUGGCUUCAGUCCUUCUCUUUCGCGCCUCCUCACUGCUUGUUACGGAACACUGUACCUCGCUGCCGCCAUUUUUGCGCUCUUUAUCGUUGAUCGAUUCGGUCGUCGCAAGAUGAUGAUCCUCGGAUCCGUUGGUAUGGGAGUCAGUUCAUUGAUUAUCGGCGCGUGCCUUUCUCAAACCACCGACACCUACAAAGCUCCCGCCUUCGCCGCCACCGUUUUCAUCUUCGUCUUCAUCGGCUUCUUCGCCAUCGGCUGGUUAGGAGUCACCUGGCUCUACCCCGCAGAAGUCACUCCUAUCCGAAUCAGAGCCCAGGCCAACGGACUAAGUACUAGUUUCAACUGGCUAGGCAACUACGCCGUCGUGCAACUAGCCCCAAUCAUGAUCAACAAGAUCGCGUGGAAGACAUACUUCGUCUUCAUGUGUUUCAACUUCGCCUUCAUCCCGGUCAUCUGGUUCACAUUCGUGGAGACCAAGGGUUAUCCACUUGAGAAGCUGGACGCGAUUUUCGAAGAGGCGUAUCAGAAGAAGGAGAAUCCUGUUCUGACGGAACGCAGGAUUCGGAAGGGCGCGAAGCUGGAGAAGGAGAAGGCGGGCUUGAUCGAUGCUAACGGUGGUCCGAUCACGGAUAGUCCUGGGAAUGGUACGGAUCAGAAUGUGGAUGUAGAGAAGUUUAGGGGCAGCGAUGCGCAGUUGUCGCAUAAGUCAGGUACUUCAGCUGCUGAAAUGGGAACUCAGAGGGAGUGAAAGUUUGGGGAGAUGGUUCGCGGGGAUAGAUUUUGAGUUGAUAUACGCAAGAUUAUAGAUAGAGUAAGAUCGCACUGGAUAGAGUAUUUAGACAAGAUAUCCUAUAGAGU